AUGGCACCUCUCCCCUCCACCACGCACACUCUCACCACCCGCCUAAGCGCCCUCUCCGAAGCCAACAAAGGCGUCGGCCAACUUAUCCAACGACUAGCCAAGCUAGACUUCCAGCCAGGUUCGCAACCACUCGACAAUUCCGACGAGGGCGACGUGAGGUUGGAACUCAGUGCCGAAAUACACGAGACUCUGAAGGGCAUCGAGGAGGAACUUGAACUUCUGAGGCAAGAGGUCGAGGACGUUACGUCACAAGGAGGCAUUACAGGAAGAAGGCGGGAUAGCAGCAAAGACAGCGAAAGGAGUAGACUUGCUGUACUACUUGCGAGAUUAACCGAGGACCUGAAGUUAUCGCGAUCACAAUAUCGGAAAGCGCAACUCACAGCCAAGCACAACGCCGACCGCGCAAAGCUCAAAGAGCGCGAACUCCUCUUCUCCAACCUACAAUCAGGCUCCUCCACCCCAUCUUCCACAUAUCGCCAGAGAAAGCAACAACAAGGGCUAUCGGAAGGCGAAGUCGUCGCGCAGGCUUCUUCAGACGUCACAUCUGCUCUGCGCCGGACAGCCCAGUUGAUGAAAGACGAGCUAUCACGCUCACGAUUCGCACAAGAAACACUCGAACAGACAAACGCCGCACUACAAGAUCUUGGGGAGCAGUACUCAGAUCUGAACACCCUACUAGCCAACAGCAAGAACUUGGUCUCGACACUCCUGAAGAGCACAAAAAGCGACACGUGGUAUCUUGAGACCACCUUCUACAUCCUCAUAACGACUAUCAUCUGGCUCGUCUUCCGCCGCUGGUUAUACGGACCGCUCACCUGGUUCAUCAUCUGGCCAGUGAAACUUACCUUUCGCAUCCUCUUCGCCGUCCUACCCUUCGACGCCGCAUCCUCAGCCGCAUCCUCGAGUGUCGCAGUGGCAUACCCCGACGCGAACCCAACGCCCAAGGACACUACAUACCUGUCGGUCGCGGAGGCGGAGUGA